AUGGCCAGCGGCAGCCCGGCCGAGAUGGACAGCGGCGCCAGCCAGCCCCCGCCGCCCCCGCCGUUCCUGCAGCCCGCCUGCUUCUUCGCCGCCGCCGCCGCCGCCGUGGCCGCCGCGCAGCAGCAGCAGCAGCAGCGGCUGAGCCCGGCGGGGGCGGCGAGCGGCCAGGCCUCCCCCGGCGCCGCCCAAGCGCCCGCCGCGCCUGCGCCGAAGCCCCCCUUGCAGCCGCCGCAUCCGCAGGGGGCGUCCAAGCGGCCGCGCUCGUCGUCGCCGGAGCUGAUGCGCUGCAAGCGGCGCCUGACCUUCAGCGGCUUCGGCUACAGCCUCCCGCAGCAGCAGCCGGCGGCGGUGGCGCGGCGCAACGAGCGCGAGCGCAACCGCGUCAAGCUGGUCAACCUGGGCUUCGCCACGCUGCGCGAGCACGUGCCCAACGGCGCGGCCAACAAGAAGAUGAGCAAGGUGGAGACGCUGCGCUCGGCCGUCGAGUACAUCCGCGCCCUGCAGCAGCUGCUCGACGAGCACGACGCCGUCAGCGCCGCCUUCCGCGCCGGCGUCCUCUCGCCCGCCGCCUCGCCCGCCUACCCGCACGGCCUCAACUCCCUGGCCGCCUCGCCCGUCUCCUCCUACUCCUCGGACGACGCCUCCGGCGACCCCCUCAGCCCCGAGGAGCAGGAGCUGCUCGACUUCACCAGCUGGUUCUGA